AUUGCAGUAAUGCACCAUUCUCUUGACAAGGAAAUACUGAAAGUAAGGCCGUGAGGCUACAAUGGCGCCGAGACCUACAGUAAUGCACCAACCUCUUGACAAGGAAGUACUGACAUCAAGACCUUCAAGCUGCAACAGCCCCGACGCGCCUGCAGUAAUGCACCAUCUCCUUGACAAGGCAACGCUGACGGUAGAAGAACCCGGUUUCAAGCGCUGAUCUUGGCACCAGAUAAUUGUUGUAAUCCG